GUUCCUUUUCACCUGAUAUGAUUAAAUUUGAUCCUCAUCAAUUAAAUUUUAAUAAAAAGAAACGUAUAACAAAAACAAAUAUCAAUGAGGUUGGUAGUAAUAAGAAUAAUAAGACUGUAUGUUUUACCAUUAUUUGCAUAAAGGAUGUUUAUAAUUUUUCUGAGGUUCCUACAAUCCCUAGAUCUGUUAUAAAACUUAGUGAGACUUAA